AUGCAACUAAUUUAUUUAUUAUUUUUAAAUUUUGGAUGUCUUGCUUGGGGUGGACCAGUUGCACAAAUAUCAUUGCUUAAAGAAAGGUUGGUUGUAAAAGAAGGUUGGAUCACAACUGCUAGGUUUAAUAGAGUUUAUGGAGUUUAUCAAAUAGUUCCGGGACCAGAAGCAACUGAAUUGGCUAUGUUUUUUGGGGUUUUGGUAGGUGGAAAAAUAGGCGGGCUUCUGGGCGGAUUCGGAUUUAUAACACCGGGAUUUUUCUUGAUAUUAUUAUUUUCAUUCAUCUAUACAAAAAUUGGAUGGGAAAAUGUUUACUUCAACGCUUCAUUCAGAGCAUUGCAACCAAUGGUUGCAGCCAUGGUUCUGAGAGCUGUACACAAAAUAGGCGAGCAUUCGUUUAUUUCGCACAGAUCAAACAAAUUCAAUUGGUGGUUGUUUAGUUUUGCUGUUUUAGGAGCGUUUCAAAGUGUUUUAAGAUUGAAUUAUUUUGUCACAUUGGCUGUAUCCGGAUUGGCAUUUAUGUUUAUCGAUAGGAACUAUCGUGUUGUCGGUGUUGCAGGGAUUUUAGGAGAAUUGACUGACAAAAACAGGCACAAUUAA